GCUGCGUCCUUGCUUUCUCCGCACUGGUUCGUGCGCUGCUUUAGGAGCGUUCUCAGGUGAAGAGAUGGCGUUUGUGAAGAGUGGAUGGUUGCUGCGACAGAGUACCAUUUUGAAACGCUGGAAGAAGAAUUGGUUUGAUCUGUGGUCGGAUGGUCACCUGAUCUAUUAUGAUGACCAGACCCGUCAGAGUAUCGAGGACAAGGUCCACAUGCCAGUGGAUUGCAUCAACAUCCGCAUGGGGCACGAAUGUCGGGAUAUUCAGCCUCCAGAAGGGAAGUCAAAAGACUAUAUGCUGCAGAUUGUUUGCCGAGAUGGGAAAACUAUCAGUCUUUGUGCAGAAAGUACAGAUGAUUGUUUGGCGUGGAAAUUUACACUCCAGGAUUCCAGAACAAACACAGCCUAUGUGGGCUCUGCGGUCAUGACUGAUGAGACAGCUGUGGUUUCUUCCCCUCCUCCGUACACGGCGUAUGCCACACCGACACCUGAGCAGGCAUAUGGCUAUGGUCCAUACGGUGGUGCAUACCCACCAGGAACUCAGGUUGUCUAUGCUGCCAAUGGGCAAGCGUAUGCUGUGCCCUACCAGUACCCGUAUGCAGGACUUUAUGGACAGCACCCUACCAACCAAGUCAUCAUCCGGGAGCGGUAUCGAGACAACGACAGUGAUUUGGCGUUGGGCAUGCUGGCUGGGGCAGCCACGGGCAUGGCCUUAGGCUCUCUCUUCUGGGUCUUCUAGAGGCCUCAAGAUCUUGAUGUGCACAGCUUCUGAUAACCCCAUGUGCAAUGAUAGGAUCUGCAGGGCGUUUCCGUUUGUGACACACGUUUUUAAUCAUAGUUGUAAUAGUUCCUUUGA